GAUGGCGGCUGAGGAGCUGCAGGAGCUGCGGGCGCUGGUGGAGAGGGCGGGCGGGCGUCGGGCCGUGCUGCUGGUGGCCGAAGUGGUGGAAGGAGCCCCGGUGGCGGCCACGUUGGCCGCCUUCGGCCGCGACCUCUUGGGCGAUGAGACGCCGCCGGUGCCGGGUCCGGUGCCGGUGUCCGACUCGGGGUGUCGGUCCCAGCGGCGGGCCAGCCGCGGGCGGCGGGCGCUGGCAGCGCGGUUGGUGCUGGUGCUGUGCGGCGGGGGGGCUGCGCGGGACCGGAGGGCCCGGGCCCGCCUGCAGGAGGUGGUGCGGGACGUGCGCGGCCGCCUGCCCCCCGCCCCGCCGCCCGCCGUGGUCGGUGUCCUCCUGCCCGGCGGGGACGGGGAGGAUGCGGCGGUGCUGGACGCCGCGCUGAGGCGGCACUUCCCGGAGCCCGGUACGGUGCAGGCUGCCCGGUACUGCCCCGGCAGCCCCGCCGCCCUGCAGCACUGCCGCGCCGCCGCCAGCCGAGCCCUGCGGGCAGCCCUGCAGCUCCCCCCAGAAGAGGGGAAAGACAGGGAGAGGUGGAGGCUUCCCUCCUUCCUGCAGUGCAUUUCUUGGAGCCAGAAGACCUGGAGAAAAGGUCAUGAAGCAAAAUCUGCAAACAAUGCUCAUGAAGAUGACCUGCAGGACACCGAGGAAGAAGUGGCUCUGACCAACCUGUCUCCCAAUGGAAACUGUGAAGCAGCUGCUGGAGGCAUGGGCACCUAGAGCUGGUGGGUGCCCAGCACAGUCUGUGUCCCAGUUCUGCAUGGUGGACUUGGAGCACUGGAAGGAGGAGCUGGUGCAUGCCCCUCUCCUCUGCACACCCACAGCUCUGGGGAGCAGCUGCUCUGUUUAACUCACCAGCGCCCUCGGUGGCUGCCGACAGCUGCUGAAUUCUGUGCUAGAGAGCCCCCCCCCCCCCGCUGCAUCCUGCUGCCCAGGGGUGUCUGGAGCUGCAGAUGGACACUGGGCUUCUGAGAAGCUCUUUAGGGAUGUACCUCAAGUCCUGGGUGAGGGCUUUGGGUGUGACAUGCAGCCACCUGCUUGAAGGAAGAGGAGUGUUUUCUAAUUCUGACCAGAGUUCCCUGCUGAGACUGCUGGAGCUGGCCUCCCUGGGAAACAGACUCUGCUGCCUUGUUUUCCUGCUGCUCUGUGGUUCCUGUCUUCUCUCUGACCGGGGAAAAAAGAAAAACAACAAACCAAACAAAAAAACCCCUAGUAUCACAGUGACACAAAGAGUGCAUUCAGUCUAAUAAGAGGUCUUGGUUCUACCAGCUACUGAAAACGCUUGAAUGUAACUGUGUGCAGUAACACCCACUAUGGGUGGCAAUAAUAAUGCAAAAGGUAUUGAGAGUAAUGCAAGUGGAGCAAAGUGUGGUUUGGGAACAGGAUCCACCCCUCUGGCUUGUGGUGGUGUUCAUAGAGAGACUGAUGGGCUGCCUGGGUUGGAGGGAGGGGCAGAUGGACACCAGGGUGUGGCUGAUGCUUGGUGGGGUUAUGGGAAAAGCCCAUCUCACCUGGGACACCUCCACAGCAGUGUGGUGGCAGGUCCUGGAGGUGGCCUGCAGCAUCAUGACAAGAUGUGGCUGCUUCAUAAAGAAAUACAAAAAUAUAAAAAUAAUCUAUUUAAAUAGUUCCAGAGAGCUGCCUGUAGCCUGCAGGGCAACACAAUUGACUAUAAAUCCUUGCUUUAUAAAGGAUAUUAUUAUCAUGGUAGGAAUACCUUUUUUAUUUUUACUUUUACGCAACAUAAAGCAGGUCUCGUGUCCUGCCUACCUCUUCUCUGGGUUAGCUGCUGAGUUAUGGCACUAUGUCCUCUGUGCACGUCUGUCCUUUCUCUCACCCCUUUUUUUUCAGUGGCAGCUGAAGUGUCUGUUGUCCUGCUGGUUCUCAGCAAUUCUCAGAACAUAUUCUCUCAGCCAUGUUCCUUCAGCAUCUCUCUAGCUCUUCCAUGGAGCAGGGGGUGGGUUUUAUAUCCAGCUCAAUGCCUGAUCAUCAACGUUUUCCAGCAAACCUCAGUUUCCCCAACUGUAGAAUGGGUACAGCAACACCAGCCUACCUUGCUGGAGUAACAAUGGUGCUUAGCAGCUCUGGGGUUUAGAGUUGGUCCCUUUUGUGAUGGUGCUUUGCCCUUCUGGCUGGCAGGGAGCAGGUGAGGUUGUUGGGGGCGUGCUGGUGGGGUUGACUGGGAGAAAUGGGCAACACUUCCAGGUGCACUCAGCCAGUCUCUGUGUAACCACGCUGCUCAUUGUACGUGUAGGGAC